AUGUUCGUAAUUUACUCAAAACACCAGUAAACCCUAAUUGAUAAACCCUUUUCUUAGAACCCCCUUUUCUUUUCCACCUUUCAAACGCAAACACACACACGGAGAGAAUAUGGGUGGAUCAAGAAGAAAGUACAAGCGAUCAAGAACCAAUAAAGUGCGAGUAGGAUUACCAAAGAAAAACCCAAAUGUUUUCAAACCCGCCUUUUCUAUCCCACCAAAGUUUCGAUCAAUUAUGGAUUUGUCGAAAACCAAAUGGGAUGACCAAGGAAGUGUUCUUGAAAACUACAAGUCAUUCGGUGUCGUUUCCAACCCGAAUCUGCUUGGCGUUCGGGCGCGGACAUCGAAAAUUAUCGAGAGCGAGUCGCUUCAGUUGCCUUUGAAAACGGAUGGUGUCAUUGAUGAGUUUGAGCAUGAUGGUUCGGGUAGUGAACUUGAAGAAGACGAUGUAAAAACGGCACUUGGGAAACAGCGUGUAGAUGGGAAAUCUGGUUCGUUGCAACCAUUAACAACUAUGCAACGGGUUUAUAUCAGAACACUCGUAGAGAAGUACGGAGAUGAUUACAAGCGCAUGUUCAUGGAUAUUAAACUUAACAAGUUGCAGCACUCAAUUGCGACUCUUGAGAAACUUUGCAAGAGAUACAAGAUGUAUAAAGAUAAGAAUCCGAUGCUUGUUCCUUUUUGAUUUAUUAGCUGCUAAUAAAUCCAUGCCAAAGAUAAUAUCAUUUGCCCCUGGUUGUAUCACAAAAUUUAUUAUUGUCGGCUCUACUUUUGACAACUUUUUGUAAUCUGAAGUGUUUUUAAUACAUGCAACUAUCUGCUUUGCUUUC